GCGAAAUAGCUCCUGCGAUGAUUGAGUAAGUUGCUGGAAGAACAGUAGAACAGCAGCUCCAAGAAUAUAUCUCCUCCCACCUUGAGUUUUCGAGUUCCUCUCCUCCACUCGAGCAGCUCCAAAGUCAAAAGCCAUGGGUGUGGCAGUAGCAGCGGAGUCGGAGAAACGAGGGGCGCCACGCCUCCGCUACAACAGCCCUCUUGUCCAGGUGAUCCUCAUCGGCUUCGUCUGCUUCUGCUGCCCCGGGAUGUUCAAUGCCUUGAACAGCAUGGGAGGCGGAGGCCAAGUCUCCAAGACCGCCUCCAACAACGCCAACACCGCCCUCUACGCAACCUUCGCGGUGUUCGGAGUCUUGGGCGGCGGGAUCUACAAUCUCCUCGGCCCCCGCUUCACUCUCCUCUUCGGCUCCAGCUUCUACGUGCUCUUCGCCGGCUCGUAUCUCUUCUACAAUCACCACCAAGACGCCAAAGGUGACGCCUUCAACAUCACCGCCGGAGCUCUCCUCGGCAUGGGAGCCGGGCUCCUCUGGGCUGGCCAGGGAGCGAUCAUGAUGUCCUACCCCCCGGAGAGGCUCAAAGGCCGCUACAUAUCCAUCUUCUGGAGCAUCUUCAACCUGGGAGCUAUGAUCGGUGGCUUCCUCCCCUUCGGCCUCAACUACAACCGGCCGAAUGCCCAGUCCGUGAACGACGCCACCUACAUCGGCUUCAUGGUGAUCAUGUCCUUCGGCUCGCUGCUCACGCUGGCCCUGCUCACGCCCGACCGAGUUGUCCGAGACGAUGGAAGCCGAGUCACUGCUAUCCGCUACUCCAAUCCUUUCACCGAGGGAUGGGAGAUCCUCAAGUUGUUUCGAACACCCAAGCUGCUGCUCCUGGCCCCUGCUUGCGUCGCUAGCAAUUUCUUCUACACGUACCAGUUCAACGGCUUCAAUGCGUCGCUCUUCAACGUGAGAACCCGCGGCUUCAACGGUGUCUUCUACUGGGGAGCUCAGAUGCUGGGAGCCACUGUUCUUGGAUUUCUCCUCGACGCCUGCCACCCGAGGAGGAAAGUUAGAGGAUUCGUCGGAAUCGCUGUGGUGGCGGUGUUUGGGAUGGUUACCUGGGGUGGCGGCCUUGCCAAGCAGCUGGAGUACUCGCGGUAUGAUCUCCCUCCCGAGCUCGACUUUAAGAGCGGACCUGAGUAUGCCGGACCGUUUAUCCUGUUCGUCUGCUAUGGACUGCUCGACGCUAUGUACCAGACGCUGUGCUACUGGACGAUGGGAGCUCUCACUGACGAUGCUCUAGCGCUCAGUCGCUGUGCUGGCUUCUACAAGGGAGUGCAAAGUGCUGGAGCAGCGGUGGCAUGGCAACUGGACGCACACAAGGUCAGGUUUUUAGUCCAGCUGCUCGUCAACUGGGGACUCUUGGUGCUCAGCGUCCCUCUGCUAAUGCUUAUAAUGAAAGACGUCAAGGACUCCUGUGCAGGAGAUGCACCACUUACAGCCGAGAGUAGCACUAAAGACGGUGAGACCGCCAAGGAAACAGUAUGAAGCCAUUGUAAAGUCACUGGAAGGAACAAAACAAAACAGAGCUAAGUGUUUUUCAGCACGUA